AUGGCGCAUCACUGCCACACUAAUAUGAACGCCCUCAGUCUUGACUGUUUAAGUUGCUAUGAGGAGCAGCGGGCCAGGAUGAAGUCCAUUGAUUUGAAUUACUUACAACAGAAGUCAAACGAGUGCAUCCAGAAUCGGUGCGCUCCAUCUCACUUGCACAUGAACUACACGUGCCACCAGGCUGCCGAGGCUGUUGCUCAAGGCAGUACCUUUCCCCGUUUUGUGCGGAACGGAUCGUUGCCGGCACGUCAAAGCGAGCUAACCACUCGAGUUGCAGCACAGAGAAACUACCUCGCCUACUGUAGGAAGCCCCUGGAGUGCGCCGGGCAUAUUUCUGCGCAACAUCAUUCCAAGCCCUCUUCAGCUGUGCCAUUGCAACAGAGAAGCAUGGAUUCCGUGCUUUUCGAUGAGGAGCGCUUCCAUGAGGAUACAGUUUUCGUUAACGGUGAGCCAGUUCGAGUAAGCAAGGGGUAUCAGAGCGAACAUGCCUUCUACGGUUUAGACUCUCCUACCGCCGCCAUCCUAGAUGCUGUGUCGGCCGCAAAUGCAGACCAUGUUGGUAAAUCGAAUGCCGUAUUUUCCUUAGGAGCAGUACGAAAAGGUACGCCUGAGUCUCGGCAGCAAAGUAUCACUGCCAGUUGUGUUGCUGAAGGCAGGAGGCAAAUCUCUGGACUCAGUGGAACAUCCAAAGAGCAGCAUACAAUAGGUAGUGCUUCCUCUGAGAGAUACUGUGACUACCUUUCUUCGUCUGGACGACACUACCGUGUUUUUCGUCUCCAUAAGCGGCAACUUCCACCUAUCGAGGAGAGAAAGAAAGCUGAGGGCUUGUCAUUGUAUGCAAAGGGCGCGAAAGAAGUGACAGGGACUGAAAAGGCAAGGAAUCGCGAAUCGGUUGAAGGUGAUAGUGAGAUAAGGGGCUUAUGCGAGCAGAGCAAAGACCAAGUAGCAGCACGCUGCUACAACAGCGGACGGAAGUCCGCAGAAAAUGACAAGUCGCUGUUACCCGUGCGAAGAGGGCGAAUAACAAAGCCGUACAAACUACACGAAGCUUUGGAAGAUGCACGAAGCAAGCACACCACACCUCGGCAGCCCGGCGCUGCCUCGCAUCAGAACAAGAGUGCCACAAAAUCCACAUACAGAAGCUGUGGACGUAGUUUGACUCCCAUGUCUCCAGUAAACUAUGUGCCAUGUGAGUCAUCAGCGCCGUUGCUGCUUUUUCCCUCAAGGAAGCCACUUGAGGACAUCGUGGACACGUGCGCAGGCUGUCGUGAUUGUGGUGGCGCUUUGGCAGGCAUCAAGCGCCGCCUGCGUUCCCAUGGCCAUCGCGAUGCGGCGCACGGCGACAGAGCAGAGCGUCGGCUUCCUCCAAUCGGAGGGGGCCAAGGGUCCCAUCCAGUACCCCCGCCGGCUCCACAUUGCCAAGGUCGUGCUCGUGAUGAGCACCGGCAUCGGUAUCAAAGUCACGAAGGCGGGAGACGUGCCACGAAAGGAAGAAAAAGACGUAGUAACGUGCUUUCCGACUUCAGUGAGCAUUGCCCAUCGCUUUUUGACUCUGCCCUUUGUGUGUGCGUUUCUAUCUCAAGUAGCAUCGAUAGGGCAAGUGACACGUCGGACUGUGUGGUGGUGGAUAAGCAGCAGCGGAGGGGCGCUGCACAGCACGGACGCGUGCGAAGCGCGUCACCGCUCAUUUUGGCGGACGGUGACGAGGGCCACGACUCGUUUGACAGCACAUACAGCUGCUCGAGUGACAGAGACACGGACUGGGAGGACGCGGACUCGACUUCAUCUCUCUCGUCGUCGGCGUCGCUGUCAUCUUCGGAGCUGAGUUCAACUUCAACACGGAGGGUGGAAAUGCGGAGGCCUCGAAUCUGCGUCUGUCGCCGAAGUCGUCGUCACAGCGCUCACUCGCCUCCGUCUGUAUCGCUCAAAGGGAGAAGGUCGGGCUCGAGGGGCUCUGAAUCAAAUCGUCGCGAAAGGCAUAGUGAGGGCAACAGGCAAAACACGAGGAGGCCCGUCUCGUCGUCAUACUUGCCGAGCUCGUCAAGCGCCGAUUGUGGCUUAGACGAAGGCCCCGGCAACUCCCUGGCGCUCCCCCGCGUAGAUCACACGAAAAAGAGACGAUGCGACUCACCUAUUCGCCCGCCCAGUGUCCGAGCGGUUCUUCCAGCUCACCCGCCAGGGAUACUGCCACCUUUGAUGGAGGAAGUGCUGCCAAGUACACGCUAUGCCACUUCCUCGGCAACGCCGCUGGCACAGACGACUGGCGCCACUCCCAGCUGCGCGAGUCCGGUCGCCCCGCCACAGCGCACAGAGCAGGGCACGACUGGUAAAAGAGAGCAGUCCCAUGGCGCGGUGGACCCAACUCGGCGCGCGUACCAGGAGAUGCCUAUGUCGCCUCUACAGGUGACCCACUUCCGUGACUUGACAACUCCGUCUGUUGCGUCAUCUGGCCCUGUCUGCGCGUCACUACAGGUGAGUGGCAUCAACACGGGGAGCGCACCCCCAGAGCAGCAGUCUGGUAGGGCGGAGAGGUCAAGGCCAUCACCCGCAACGGAGCCGCUGGACUUGGACUACAUUACAGAACAUGUGCUGCAGGUAGUUCAGAGCCGUUUGGCUGGCACAGGUCGCGCGCGCGACACUGAGCGGGUUGGCUCGCAGCGCGCUAGGGGACGCAAGGAUGACGCUGGGGAAGCGCUGCGUAAGCGCGAGUGUGCUCGUCAGAUGGAUGUGGAAGUGGCGGCAAAGCGGGCGGCAGAGCAAUCACAGCUACGAGACCUUCUUCAAGAGGCCCAGCAAGAGGCACUUUACGUGCGGGCAGAGCAGCUGUCCUUAAGUGAUCUAACGGCCUCGUUGCAAGUUGCACUCGUGUACGUCACCCGCCUUAUAGGACGUGACGACGGCCCCGACGGUAACACGUCGCCGCUUGGCCGAAUGUACACAGCUGCAGAGAGGGACGGCAGCUCGUCAAUGGUGAUUGGGACGCCAAACUCGAGCACCCUAGUUUAUGGCGCAGCUGAGCACAAUGCAGUGAUGCAAGCACGUGGAGGCACUGGUGCUUCUAGUGAGAACAACGUCGGAGAUAUGGCUGCAGCUGUCUACGGCAGUCACGCAGCAUUUUUGCCUGACUCGACCAUUGAUGCGGUGACGCUGCAGCGACUGAUUGCAGAGCUGCGCCAACGACGCCAGAGGCACGAAGUCGGGCAGCGCCUCCAGCAACAGAGGGCUGAGGAGGUAGAGGCCAAUGCGCUGGAGGCAGCUCGGCAACAGCAGUGCAAGCGAGAGGUCGACGAGCUUGUAGCCAGCGAGCGACAGGCCCGUGCCAGUUUGCACGAGGCUGAGGAAAGUGCGUUGGACGGGGUGCUUGUCAUUGCUGCUUCCUCUCUAGGCGAGGCCGUCGAACGAAUGGUGGCCGUCCAGCACAGGGCCCUCCUUUCAUUUUGCGAGGAGGAGCUCAACAAGCGCACGAGCAUCAUCGCAAGCGAGGAGGCAGAAGCAGCCGAUUUCUGGGAGGUCGCCACAGAUCUCUGGCAAGCUGCCGCCGAAGAUGAGAAGGCACUAGAGGAAGAAGAGCGGCAGCGGCUGGUGGAGGAGGCGAUGGCAGCCGCGGCGUGGCGCGAGGAGAAAAACGCGGAGGCAGAAAGACUGCAGGCGGACGCUGUGGCCGCUCAGAUUCGCAAGAUGGGCGGCGAGGGGAACCUGUACACCACUGGCAGCGCCGACCAACUCACGGUUGCUACAAAGAAGGUUGUGCUGUCUAACCUUAUUCCCGGUCAGCUGCUUUCCAUCCAGGGAGGCAAGUCCAUCGAAAGUGGCGGCAAGAUCCGCCUUGUAGGCGACCCACACGUCGCAGCCGUCGAGGCGCGUGCACGGGAGCGCCGCCGCAUGGAUCGUCUGCGCCAGCAUCGGCUUCUCUCUGCUUUGCCACAGCACCCUGAGGCGAAUAAGGUCAACGACUCAGUUGGUAGCCGUCUUUCCAGCCGUCAGCCUUCGACAGUGCGCAUGGGUAUCAACGGCAGCGCCGUCAGUGCACCGAAGCCGCUUAGCCGAGCCUCAUCGCGCGGUUUGCGAGUAUCGUCGUCGUACCAGCUAUCAUUGGACGAGAGUGGUCGAGUCGGUGUGCAGUCGCCAAGCCAAGGCCGACUGCAGAGUCAGUCAAAUUUCGUGUUUGACGGCGAUAUCGACUUGCACGUCUACGGACGCAAAGUUGGGACUCCGUUUGAGAGGCACAGCCGCGCCUCUACGCCGGCCUCCGCGCGAGGAGCUCUCCUUCAUGGCGGUGGUUUCAGCGCUGCCACGCCAUACAAGAGGCGGGCAGGCGAGGGGGGUGCUAGGGACGUACAACAUGCGCACCUCGCCGUUUGA